GUUGCUGGACCCGCAUUUACAUCGAUAAUCAAUCAUUGAUUAUGUUUGGCGCAUCAAAUUGCAUAAGUAGUUCAGCGAUGCUGCGCGGGUCGCAUAGUCCUCGCCGCGUAAUCCUCCCCUUUGCAACUUAACGCCUUGCUGCUGCUGUAUCGGCAGAGGGAGAGGCGCGCCGGCCGGCGAGCGCGGGCUCCGCGUCCGGCGGAGGUGCACAGUCGCUAUGUCUAAAGAGCAGCCCAAAGCUCGGCGGGAGCUGAACUGGUGGCAUUCGUUCAACUCCUGGUGGCGCGAUGAGUACGAUAAGCUGGGACGUCGGCCACGGAUGCAGGAGGUUGACGAGUGGUACCACGACAACGCGGAGCGGAUAUGGGGCGCGGAGAAGCCGUCCCUGGAGGCCACGCGCGACCACGCCAAAUGCCUUCGCAGCAAGAAAGAGCUGCGUGAGUAUUUCCAGCGCUACAAUGCAAAGAAGCAGUUUGGAAAGCCUUUCACGGACCUGCGGCAGGCUCGGCAUCAGUCCUCCUCAGGCGCGGGCGGCAGCGGCGGCCAGCAGCACCGCAGCCACACCGGCGCCUCGCCCGGCCCCACCCUGUCCGACCCCGGCACGGCAUUCACCGGCAGCGGCGCCGUCACGGGGCCGUCCACACUGACCACGCAGUCGCCGCGGCAGAGCAGCGGCCUGGCGGCUGGUGGCGGCGGCGGGCUUGGCGGCGCCGUCAGCAGUGCGUUUGGCGGCCUCGGCGGCGGCGGCGGCGCCGGCGAUGGUAGGUAUAGCGAUGGCGGCGGGGUGGCAGGCAACGGCGGCGGGCUGCUGGGUGGCGGGCUGGGGCUGGGCGGCAAUGGAGGUCUGGGCGGCGCCGGCGGCGAUGGCGCCAGCUCGGACGGGGGGCUGGCGCAGGUUGUGGCGCAGCUGACGACGAGGGCGCUGCAACAGCAGCAGCUGGCUCAGCUGCAGCAGGCCGCUGCCGCCGCGGCCAGCAGUGGCGGGGGCCGCAGCGGUGGCACCGCAGCGGGCGGGCGCGGCGGCAGCGCCAGCGGCGGCCAGCACCAGGGCCCGCGCUCGCCUGGGCUAGGCGCCAUGAGUGCCGACACAUCCGGCAACUCACACGGCGGCGGCGGCGGCAGCAUGCUCAGCUUUGGCGGCGCGCCUCCGCCGCAGCUGGCGUCCCUGUUUGGAAGCCUGCAGGCGGCCCUGGCCGCUCGCGGUGGCGCCGGCGGCAGCGGCAGUGGCAACGGCGCGGGAACACCACCGCCAACGCUGAUGCUGGGCUCCCUGGCGCCGCCGAUGUCGCAGCAGCAGCAGCAGCCACAGCAGCAGCGGUCCUCAAGCAUCCUCCCAUUGUCGCGAAGCGCCGCCGGCACGGGCCCGUUGUCGGCCAGUGGCACCACCGUCACGCGCGGUGCCGUGGCCCCAAUGCACGGCGGCGACGACGAGGAGGACGGCAGCGGCGGCGUGGGAGGCGGCGGCGGAGGUGGCGGCGGAGGCGGCGGCGAAGGGGAAGGGGCGCGGCGGAAUCGGCUGGCGCAGCUGCUGGAAGGGCUCACGUCCUCAGGCUUGGGGCUGCACCUGCUGGCAGGGGACGUCGAGGCGCUGGCGGCGGCGGCGACGGUGGCGGGGAUAGACCUGGGGAUGAGCUUGGAGGGCAUCCAGAAUGGCGGCGGCGCCGCCGCCGCGGCCGCGGCUGCAGCCGGCGGCGGCUUGAGUGUCAGGGCCGGGGCGCGGGGUCCGGCGGCCGCGGGCCGCAGCUCGGUGAGCGAGGACGGGAGAGCCGCUGCCACCGCCGCCGGGGCCAAUGAUGACGUGGACCUGGCGGCGGCGCUGCUCGCCAUCCGGCGCGGUGACAGCGACGGUGCGGCGGCAGACCCGUCGGCGGCGGUGCGUGGCGGCGCGGGCCGGCAACAGCGCUCGUCCCAUGAGCCGGGCUUCGGCCAGGCGGGGCCCGGGGGGCGUGUGAGCCUGAGCGCGGUCGGGGAGGCGCUGGUUGCUGCGGAGCGGCCCAUCCCGUUGGACCGCCUGACUGGGAGCAAGCGCCCGGGCCCGCCCGCGUCCUUGGAUGCCAACGGAGGCUUGGCAGGCGGCAGCGGCGGCCGACCGCCGAAGGUUCUUCGCCUGGAGCAGCUUCUGGGGCUGUCUGGACCAGCGGUGGGGCCAGGCGCGGAUUGCACGGGUGCUGUCGCGGCGCCAGGCAACGGCCGCGGCGCCGGCAGCGGCAGCGGGGCGGCGACGCCGCCGCCGUCGCCGCCGCUGAUGCCUAGCGCCUUUGGCGGCGGCUUGGCCCCUAGCUCCAUGCGCGGCGGAGGGGGCGCCGGCCCGCCGCCCGACCCCUUCCGUAUGCCGGGACCGCCUGGUGCUGGCGGCGGCGGCGGAACAGGCGGAGCCGGCGGCGCACCGCCGCCGGCGGCGGCGGCCUUUGAGCUCGCGCCUGCCGGCGCCUUUGCGAUGCUGCCCACGGUGCUCUCCACCCGUGACUCCCUAGAGCCGCGCAUGUCGCUGGCGUCGCUGCUGCCAGGCCGCGAGUCCAGCAACAACGCGCGCGGCGGCGGCGGCGCCGGCGGCGGCGUGCUACUGCCGCCGCCGCUGCUGUCGGGCCGCGACUCGCUGCUGUCGCGCGCGUCGCUGCCGCCGGCGCUGCACGGGCGCGAGUCGGUCGGCACGACCCACAUGGGCGGCCCCACCUCCUUGUUGCUGCCGCCGGCCAUGUCGCUUGAGGCGCGCGGCUCGGCGCCGCCGCCGGGGAUGCUGGCGGGCAGGGAAUCACUGGAGCCGCGCGGCUCGCGGCUGAUGCCGCCGCCGCCGCCGCAGCUGCCGCUGGCGGAGCGGCAGUCGACGCCGCACCAGCGGCCGUCGCCGCUGGGCUUGGGGCCGUCACUGGGGCCUCAGGCGGCGGCGGCGGCUGCCGCCGCCAACAACAACACGGCGGGCAAGGAGUCGGCUGGCUUGGGUGCGGGAGGAGUUGGGGGCUCGGGCUCAGAUGUGCGGGAUCAGCGGCAGGGCGCCAGCGGCGGGCUAGAGGCGGCAGGCAAGGAGCCGGCGGGUCCGCCAGCCCAGGGCGCAGCGGAGCGGCAGCCGGCGCGGCAGGAGCCUUCCGCUGGUGGCAAAGGGGGAGCUCAGUCGGGUGCUGCUGCGGGUGCGGGUGCUGCUGGUGUCGCUUAUGCGGGUGCAGAUGCAGGUGCUGCGGGCACUGCUGCGGAGGCGGCAGCGGGUGCGAGCCUGGAUGCUGCAGCGCUGGUCGCACAGCUCAUGUCAGGCGCAGACCUGGCCGGCUCCGGGGCCGGGGCCGUGGGCAGGUUUGGUGCAGCCGAGGGACAAGCCGCCGGACCCGAUCGGGUCCCUGACGGCGCCGCGGGCAAAGCAGCCGCCGCCCCUAGGAGCCAGGAGCCCGCAGUUGAUGUGGCUAUGACGGAGGCAGGGGCGCCAGGCAAGCCGGCACACGGGCUGGCGGGAGCACUCGCGCCGCAUGCAUCGGCGCAAGCAGCCGACGGCCGCGGCCCUCCUGCGGCACCUGACACGCGUACGCCUGCAGGUGACGGCGCAGCCUCGGCAGGGCGGCAGCGGGGUAGCAGCGGUGGCGCGGGCCCGUUGGGGCCACCGCCGCCUCCUCUGCAGCCUGCGGACUCCGUUAUCCUCGCGGAGCGGCCGCCGCCGAUGCCCACCGCUGGCUCCGUCAAGCAGAACCGGCAGCAGCAGCAGCAGCAGCAGCAGCAGCAACAGCAGUCGCGUGGUGGGGUUCUGCCGCCAACGGUAUCGGCGUCAGAGGCGCUGGCGGAGGCGGAGGCGGCGGCCGCGGCGGCUGCGGCGGGCGGCCAGCAGCCGCACCUGCCCAUCCUGGUCCAUCCGCCAGACGUGCAGGCGGGCGUGAUGAGCACCAAGCAGCCGGGCGGCGGCGUGACGGAGACGGCGGUGCAGGUGGUCACGGUCCGCCUGACGUUGUCGGCGGCCACGGUGUCGGCGUUGCGGAGUGCGGUCGCCAGCGAGCGGCAGGCGGGCGUGUCUCAGGAGGAUUGAGGCCGGCGAGGGAAGAGCGUCAUGGGGUGGACGUCAUCCGUCCGCGUGGCUUUGGCGGCAGCUGAAGGGGCGUUAGAGGGGGGCUGCAGCAAGCAUACUGCUCGGUCAGGUGAGGUGUGAACAAUGGAUGCGGGCAGGCAGGCCCUGUCAACGCUACAUUGUGAGCAUUUCUGUAGCAGAAUGGCGGCGGCAUUGACAGGGCUUGAGAGAGGGAUUGAGAGGCUUCAGCGCGAGCACAUCAGACCUGGGGCAUAGGGCAUGGGGCGUAUGGUAUGUUCAUGCAUCGGGUCCGUUUGAACGUCCGCGUGAAUCAUCGUUUGAGUGGUAGUUUGUUGCGCUGCCUACGACUCUGUAGGACGUGUUUUGCGCCGUCAGUAAGGCUGGCGCAAGCGCGCUUCAAGUUUGCACAAAUGGGGCCGGCGACCUGCAUUGAUAGUACCGUUCCCAAUUCUUAACCAGGCAUCAAGCAACCCGUUGUCUAUAGCGCACACCUAACAACUCAAUGACAACAACUUGUGGCUUUGAUGCCGUGCACUUCCAACCAAUGAUGCUGACGUUUCUUUCUGCCAUGGAGAACCACUGGAAACUGCAUUUGCACUUAGCAGUGCUUAAGACGCUGCAUUGUGAAGUGUGGCCCUGUGUCGUGUACCUGUGUCAAACGAUGGCGAUGUUGCUGUUGAGAGCCGCCUCACCCCGGUUAGUGCACAUGCUUGAGUGCUGUGCCGCUUUAGGGUGAAUUGGGUCCUCAAGUUUGCCAGAGUGCUUGAGUGGUUCGACGUUGGUAAGGCUCUCGGCCUGACGGUCUCCAAGGCCGUCGGCGUCUAUGGGUACUACCAAUGGGCUGUUUACAAGGAGGGGCGGGCACUGGCAGCGUUGGCCGUUGCUCGGUAAGGAGCUGGCAUAACACUACAACACGGCAUCACGUGUUGCACGGGACUCCGGUACGGGUGAGAUUGGUUAUGCCUGCGUGGUUGGCCGCAUGGAAAUGUGCCGGCACUAUGCUGUGUUUGUGUUUUGCGGCUGGCAAAGCCAUGUUAGGACCUCGGGUAGCACUUGCAUGGUAGCGAUGAAUGCGACAUUCGAACGACCAGACAAAUGACAGGACAGUCGAAAGGUAGCUGUGCGGAGAUGCGCACUUGCCAUUGUGAGCAUGAGCGCGGUCACAUGCGCGGCGGGGCGCUCGCCUGCUCGGAAUAAGCUAAUGUCGCGCGCACUCUUGCAGCUAGGCAUACCGGAUGUGGGCGUUUUAGGCAGAUGGCGUGCGUGUGUGGGGGGGGGGGCUGGCGGAGGCAGGAGUCAGCAGUGUGUAUGCAUAGGUUGAAAGGUGUGCGCGCGUGUUGUUGCGACUGCAUGGCAAAGAGUGGUGCACUGGCGGUACUUUAUACUUACUGUUGGCUGAGAUGAUAAUCAGUUUGGGGCUGUCAUGUGCUUUCAAGUGUGUCCCUGCAGCGGAAGUGCGUGCCGUACCCGCAGUGACUUAUCCGUACCAUGCACACCAAAAGUCGAGUCCCAUGGUACGGAUAGGUCCCGGACCCUUCCUAGCGCGUUACGGGCAGGCAUUCGUUCUGGUACUGUCCAGGCUUUGUGCAUACGGGAGACUGAGGGAGGAAGAAAGACAGUGCUAGGCGGCGAAUAAUAGGCAUCCAUGUUGCAUGGCAGGCAUUGGGAUGGAAUGGAGCGGCGUCUCCCGCGCUCUGCAGCACGCCACGUGGCACCUGCAGCGGCAGUGGCAGUAGCAGCGGCUGGGUGGGUGGGUCCCGGCAUGGAGCCGCCGUCGUGCGGGUUAAGCCUGCGGAAUUCAAAUUUACGUCGGCAGACAGGCGCAGGCGAAGCGCACAGUUGAAAUGGAGGAGCGAAGUAAGAGCGGGGGCUGCAAGGAGCAGGGGGCGAGCGGUGCGGUAGGCUGCGUGGUGCAUGGUGCAGCUCUUACAGAGGGGGUUGCAGAGGAGGUGAUCUGCAUUGGGAGGUCGGGCCCGGUCAAAGCCAGAUGGUGGCGUCAGGACAGGCAUAUAGCCUGUAGAAGC